AAUGAAGUUCAAUUGGUGUCGUUACAUUUUCUUUGUUAGCCUUUUGUAUUGGCCUUCAAUCAUAAUGGCGAUAUGUGGCAUACUGUCACCAUACUGGAUAAAAAUCAAUGCUUCUUCAGACUGUUUUGUUGGAAUCAUAAACAAUGUCAAUUGUCCUGAAAAUACAAAAGGACUUGAUUCAGCAACUAAACAACUUCAAAUCACAGCAUCUAUUUUCAUGAUACCCAAAAUCCCAUUCUCAGUGGUAGCUGGACUUGCUCUUCAACACCACAAUAACUCUUUUCUAUUAAAUUGUGGCAUAUGUUCCUUGUUUGUGUUUUUACUCUAUCCAAUAACAGGUAUUCUAACCUUUGCUGGAUGUAUGCUAAUUCUGCGAGAUUACCCUGACCUAGAGCGGGGAUGGUCCUUUUACCUAUGUUUGGCCUGGUUCUUUGAAACUACACCACUACCUGAGAUGCUUCCACAUGAAGUUAUUAAGCUUCAAUAUACCAAAAACUUCACAGUUUGA